UUUUUCUUCCCUCUGGACAGCCGCACCAGACAGUCGUGUUGCUUGACGAAUUGCCUCUUUGAGGUAUUAGCUCGGCAUCUCGGACGAAGGCUCUCAAAAUGUUGGAAGGAUGAUGGCUGGAAACGCUAUUAUCUUUUUCUAAAAAGAAAAAAACUGAUUGAAAAUCUACGCUGUUUUGUGAAAAGUGUCGUUGUCGGUUCGACUGGGUUUGGUAUUUUUGCUUUGUCUUCGCCAAUUUUCUUUGGGUUGAAUCAUUUAGUGAACUGUCUGUUUGCUCUUAGUGAUCGUUAAAUUUUUCUUAUAUAGACCAUGCUCGUAACGAGAUAUGAAAUCAUCAUGGAGCAAAGAGUUUCAAUUUGAUGCAAGCAAGUGUUGCUGGAAUUUGGCAAAAUUUACAGUCCUUACAGUCUUACCAAUUUUAUGAUAGCUUUACAAUCUAAGAAUCAGUAACCUCAUCUAUUGAGUGGGGAGAUAGAAUUACAGGAGUGGUCCUUCAUUUAGAUGCGAAGGUAGGGCAUUUUUGUUUCUUCAAAUGGUUGUUUGCAUAUUAUUUUGAUGACUCUUGCUUUUGGUCAUUCUUCCUUGGUUCCUUUGGUGCUGGGAGAUCAGUAGGAUCUCUUCGAAUUGCUAGUAGAUGCAAUCACAUAUAACUAGGAUCUUGCGGCUAUUGAGGAUAUAGCUAGGUGGUGCUACUCUUGGUUCAGAAGGUUUUGUCACAGAUAUGAGAAUUUGGUACAUUCAUGUGAAGGAAGUGUCAGAGUCAACAAACACUCGGAACCUUUACUCAGAUGAUUCCAAUUCAGAAUAUGAAAAACACACUUUUUUUUGUCAAGAACAUGAUAAGAAACUUCAGAUCACAACCACAAUUCACCUUCAGCUACUCCCGACCAAAUGUACAAUCAACAUCAUUCACCAACUUCAGGACCGAACACUUUAGCAAUGACUACAUAAGCUCCCUGUGUAAUCAAAAGCUUUACAAAGAAGCUCUUGAAGCAUUUGACUUCUUGCAAAAAAAUACAAGCUUCCGAAUUAAUCUAAGUACUUAUGCUUGUUUAAUCUGUGCCUGUUCUUCUGUGAGAUCUCUAUGGCAUGGCAGAAAAAUCCACAAUCAUAUUUUGAAAUCCAACUGCCAGCCAGACAUUAUUCUUCAUAAUCAUAUUCUUAAUAUGUAUGGUAAAUGUGGUUCUUUGAAAGAUGCAAGAAAGGUUUUCAACGACAUGCCCCUACGAAAUGUAGUCUCUUAUACUUCAGUUAUUACUGCAUAUUCGCAGAAUGGCCAAGAGGAUGAUGCAAUCAAAUUGUACUUUGAACUGCUAAAAUCAGGUGUUAUUCCAGAUGAAUUCACCUUUGGAAGCAUUGUAAAAGCAUGCUCAGGUGUGAAUGAUCUUGGAUUAGGGAGGCAGCUCCAUGCUCAUAUCAUAAAAUCAGAAUGUGGUUCUCAUCUUAUUGCACAAAAUGCUCUUAUUGCAAUGUACACAAAGUUCAAUCAAAUCACUGAUGCAUGUGAUGUUUUCUACCACAUUGUCAAAAAGGAUUUAAUUUCAUGGGGUUCAAUGAUUGCUGGUUUUUCACAACUUGCUUAUGAGUUGGAAGCUUUGAGCCAUUUUAAAGAAAUGCUCUGUCAGGGUGAAUUCCGACCAAACGAGUUUAUAUUUGGCAGUGCUUUUAGUGCCUGUAGCGGCCUCCAAAAUCUAGAAUAUGGAAAGCAGAUACAUGGGAUGUGCACAAUNNCAGAUAUAGUAUCCUGGAAUGCUAUCAUCUAUGCUUUUGCAAAUGAUGGUGAUAUUAGUGAGGCUCUGUCAUUUUUUUCUCAACCAAGGCAUCUGGGGUUGAUCCCAGAUGAUAUCACCUUGAAAUCCUUACUUCGUGCAUGCAUUAACCCUUUGGCUCUACCUCAGGGUAGGCAGGUUCACACCUAUAUUAUUAAGACAGGUUUUGAGUCCAAUAUUUCUGUAUGCAACUCUCUGCUCACCAUGUAUUCAAGGUGUUCAGACCUAUGUAAUGCAUAUAUUGUUUUUGAAGAGAUGAAAAAAGAUGUAGAUUCAGUUUCUUGGAAUGCAAUUCUUGCAGCAUGCCUGCAACAUAACGAGGCUUCAGAAGUUUUUAGAGUAUUUAAGCGAAUGCUCAGUUCUCAAUGUAAGCCAGACAAUAUUACUUUAGGUAAUUUAUUAAGGGCUGGUGCAGAAUUGUCAUCUCUAGAAAUGGGGAACCAAAUUCAUUGCUUUGCUGUGAAAACUGGGCUUGUGCUUGACAUCUUCAUCAUGAAUGGACUCAUCGAUAUGUAUGCUAAGUGUGGAUCCCUUGGAUAUGCUAGGGAGCUCUUUGAUUCAAUGGAAACUCCUGAUGUUGUCUCAUGGAGCAGUUUAAUCGUGGGGUAUGCUCAAUUUGGAUAUGGAGAGGAAGCUCUUACACUGUUUCAGGAAAUGAGAAGUUUAGCAGUGGAGCCUAACCAAGUAACAUUUCUCGGAGUCCUCACAGCUUGUAGUCAUGUGGGACUGGUUGAAGAAGGGUGGCAAUUGUACAACAUAAUGGAAACUGAGUUUGGAAUUAUGCCUACAAGAGAGCACUGCUCUUCUGUAGUUGACAUACUUGCUCGUGCUGGGCAUUUGAAUGAAGCUGAAGAGUUUAUUAAUCGAAUGGCAUUUGAUCCUGAUAUAGUUGUGUGGAAAACUCUACUAUCUGCCUGUAAAACCCAUGGGAAUGUUGAUAUUGCCAAACGUGCUGCAGAGAAUAUGUUGAGAAUCGAUCCCUGCAAUUCUUCUGCAUAUAUACUGCUGUGCAAUGCUUAUGCUUCUUCUGGGAGUUGGGAAGAUGUUGCCAGGCUGAGGAGCAUGAUGAAGCAUAAGGAUGUUAAGAAAGUUCCAGGACAGAGCUGGAUAGAAAUUAAGGAUAGGGUCCAUGUUUUCUUUGCGGAAGAUAUUCUGCAUCCAGAAAGGGACAAGAUAUACAUUGUUCUUGAGGAGCUGUGGUUACAAAUGCUAGAUAAUGAUUCUGUUCCAUUCCAGAAAUAAGAUUGAAGGGCAUCCUAGAAAAAUGCAUCUAAGGUUUUUCUCUCUAUCAAAAAUCAUGGAAAGGGACAAGAUAUACAUUGUUCUUGAGGAGCUGUGGUUACAAAUGCUAGAUGAUAAUUCUGUUCCAUUCCAGAAAUAGGAUUGAAGAGCAUUCUAGAAAAAUGCAUCUAAGGUUUGUUCUCACUAGCAAAAAUCAUGGGAAGGGUGUCCUGAUUAUCCAAUGAUUUUGGAAACAAUCUAUCCAAUCUAUGCAACAGAGAUAUGAAAGUAUGUUUUUCUUUGUAGACU